AACCCUCCAGCUCAAAAGGUGGCGGUAAUGCUCACCAAGCGCUGCUUGCCAACAACCGAAACUCUCUUUAACCAGCGAAGAAGAACGAAGCGGAAGUUGGUCAAACUGGAUAAAGUAAGAAAAUGUCGUUGACGAGCUUUUUACCGGCGCCCACGCAGCUCUCCCAAGACCAGCUUGAGGCAGAGGACCAACUUCGUGCCCAGAAGUCCUACUCCACUGCCUUGGUUGCAUCCCGGCGAGAACCACCUCCUUAUGGAAACAGAAGUGCAUGGGUACCUCGCUUAGUUGAGGACUUUGGAGAUGGAGGAGCCUUUCCAGAGAUCCACGUGGCCCAGUUUCCACUGGAGAUGGGUAGGCAAAAGAAGACCUCCAAUGCAUUGACCAUGCAGGUGGAUGCUGAAGGGAAGAUCAAAUAUGAUUCCAUUGCAAGACAAGGACAGGGCAAAGAAAAGGUGAUCUUCAGUAAGUACACAGAUCUACUUCCGAAAGAAGUAAUGAACGAGGACACACCGGAACUACAGAAGCCUGAUGAGGAAGUAAUACAGGAACUGACUGAGAAGACUCGUGCUGCACUGAGCAAGCAGGUGUCCCAAAAGAUUGCUGCUGCCAUGCCUGUGAGAGCAGCAGACAAACUGGCCCCAGCUCAGUACAUCAGAUACACUCCAUCCCAGCAGGGAGUGGCUUUCAACUCUGGGGCCAAACAGAGAGUCAUCCGCAUGGUGGAAAUGCAGAAAGACCCUAUGGAACCACCACGUUUUAAAAUCAACAAAAAAAUUCCCCGUGGACCUCCUUCACCGCCUGCACCAGUUAUGCAUUCUCCAAGCAGAAAGAUGACCGUGAAGGAACAGCAGGAGUGGAAGAUUCCCCCAUGCAUCUCCAACUGGAAGAACGCUAAGGGCUACACCAUCCCGCUUGACAAGCGUUUGGCCGCUGAUGGAAGAGGACUGCAAACGGUUCACAUUAAUGAAAACUUUGCCAAGCUUGCUGAGGCGCUCUACAUCGCUGAUAGAAAGGCCAGAGAGGCGGUGGAGAUGAGAGCACAGGUGGAAAAGAAAAUGGCCCAGAAGGAGAAGGAAAAGAAAGAGGAGAAACUCCGGGAGCUGGCCCAAUUGGCCCGAGAUCGCCGAGCAGGAAUUAAAAGCCACGGCGGAGACAAAGGCGGCGAUGAGGGCGAGGUCAGGGAGCGUGACGAGAUCCGCCAUGACCGAAGGAAAGAGAGACAACACGACAGGAACAUUUCCAGAGCUGCUCCCGAUAAAAGGUCCAAGUUGCAGAGGGACCAGGACAGAGACAUUAGUGAGCUCAUCGCUCUGGGAGUGCCCAACCCCCGCAACACCAAUGAGGCCCAGUAUGACCAGCGACUAUUCAAUCAGAGCAAAGGAAUGGAUAGCGGCUUUGCCGGUGGUGAGGACGAGACGUAUAAUGUCUACGACCAGCCUUUCCGCGGUGGCAGAGACAUGGCCACCAACAUCUACCGGCCCAGCAAGAACAUCGACAAGGACACCCACGCCGAUGACUUUGACACACUCAUGCGCAACAACCGGUUUGUUCCCGACAAAGAGUUCUCCGGUGCUGACCACGGGCAGAAGCGUGACGGCCCAGUCCAGUUCGAGGUGGACCCCUUCGGUCUGGAUAAAUUCUUGGAGGAGGCCAAGCAGCACGGCGGCUCCAAGAGACCGUCCGCCAGCAGCCGCUCCAAGGACGACUACCACGACAAGAAGCGCAGGAAGGAGUGAGGCGGCGAGGACACGGAGGUCGUCUACUCACACGUUUGAUUUGUACCACCAUAACAUUUUCUUCUCAUUUGGCCCAUGUAAAAUAUUGUGAACAUUACACUUUUUAUCCAACCUUCUUCAUCACAUUUGCAGGUAAAUCUGCAUCAUAAGCGACCAAAAUGCGAUUUGCUAAUGAAUAUGUACAGUAAGUUCGAUGUCAUACAAAUUUAUAGGGUUUGGUUAGUGGACGUUUGAUAUCACAUUAUUUUCUUUGUCAGCUGUGUACUAUUUAAAAUGUCCGCGUAUAUGUUGGUGCAGUCCAUAUUUCAUGACCGGCAUGUACGUCAAAUUCUACACAAACCUAUUUGUAAUUCUUGUACAACAAUAGAAUAAAUAUGUGAUAGUGUGUGCAAA